AUGCCCUACCUCACCGUGUGCAACCGGCAGCUUAGCUGGACUCUGACACUGGUGCUCGGGUAUCUCUUUUACCUCCUCCUGGGAGCCAUGGUGUUCCAGCUGCUAGAGAAGCAGGCAGAAGCCCAGAGUCGAGAUCAGUUCCAAAUGAAGAAGCUUAUGUUCCUGCAAAACUAUACGUGCUUGGAUCGGCAAGCUCUGGAGCAGUUUGUGCAGGUCAUUAUGGAAGCCUGGGAAAAAGGAGUCAACCCUGAAGGAAAUUCAACCAAUCCUAGUAACUGGGACUUUAGCAAUAGUUUCUUCUUUGCUGGGACUGUGGUCACCACUAUAGGUUAUGGGAACUUGGCCCCCAGUACAGUAGCUGGACAGGUCUUCUGUGUAUUUUAUGCUUUGUUUGGGGUCCCUCUUAAUUUGGCAUUUCUUAAUCGGUUGGGGAAAGGACUCAGCACACACCUGAUUGACCUGGACAGAUGGGUCCACAAGUCAGGGAGAGCUCAGGUGAUGCAGACAUUAACCAUGGUAUUAUUUCUGAUGGCUGGGACUUUACUCUUCCUCGUUUUUCCACCAAUGAUCUUCAGUUAUGUUGAAGGCUGGAGUUAUGGAGAAGGCUUCUACUUCACCUUUAUCACCCUCAGCACCAUUGGAUUUGGAGAUUAUGUAGUAGGUACUGAUCCUAGCAAGCAUUAUAUUUCAGUGUACCGAAGCUUGGCAGCAAUUUGGAUUGUCUUUGGUUUAGCCUGGCUUGCUCUGAUAGUCAACCUGGGAGCAGACCUAAUGGAGAAAUUCCUACAAUUUAAUAAGCAAAAGUCAGAUCCAGGGACAACAGAAGUUACUGUUUCCAAAGGAGAAGAUAAUCCUGAUCAACCCAGGAUCUAUAUUCCCACCUGA